AUGCCUCAACUGGAUAAAUUCACUUAUUUCACACAAUUCUUCUGGUCAUGCCUUUUCCUCUUUACUUUCUAUAUUCCCAUAUGCAAUGAUGGAGAUGGAGUACUUGGGAUCAGCAGAAUUCUAAAACUACGGAACCAACUGGUUUCAAACCGGGGGAACAAAAUCCGGAGCAACGACCCCAACAGUUUGGAAGAUAUCUUUAGAAAAGGUUUUAGCACCGGUGUAUCCUAUAUGUACUCUAGUUUAUUCGAAGUAUCCCAAUGGUGUAACGCCGUCGACUUAUUGGGAAAUAGGAGGAAAAUAACUUUUAGUUAUUCACUCUUUAGUUAUUCACUCUCGGCGGGUGUUCCGACUAAAAUUAGUUCAAAUUCUUUACUCAGAAGAGUAAGGAAUAAUAAAUUGGUUUUCAAAACUCGAAUGGAACGAUUCCGCAGAGUAUUGGGGGAAAUUCUUACGUACCUUCAGCAUUCACCGAAUGCAUCUCCCCAGAUCAAACACCACACCGCCCACAUAUUGAAUCGUGAAAUCGAAGAACAACUAAGUUCUUUGUUUCGAAGUGCGCAGUUUCCACUCCCUCCUGCUACCAAUAUGGAGCAGGUGGUCAAUUUAUUAACGGCAAAUUCGACAUCACUCCCCGAUCUUUUUGAAACCGCCGACAGCCUUCUCGUUCAGGGGGCAGCGAGCCCUCAUUUUGCGAGUGCCUGUACGAUUGUUGCACAAUUAUGGUCCGGGGGCGGGUUCUGA